UGGUUUUUAGAGAGGAAUGAAUGAUGAAGAAAAACAUUCAACGAUUAUGAGUGAUUAUUAUAUGUAAGGAAUCCUUAUCAAUCGCUGCUCUCAUUGCAUUAAAAUAUAUUUUUACUCCCUAAUAUGAGUACAGCACUGGUUGCGAGGGGAUAUUAAAUCGAUACUUUAUACCCAAUAUCACGGUGCUGCCUUAACCGCAUUCGCGCAAAUGCACACGACCCGUGAAGACGUUACCGUUAAGACGCUUAAAGCAACCGUGAGGAAUGGUCAGAAUUACGGUAGAAUUGAUACGAAAACGGUCAGAGCACAACGAGGGUGAGAUCGGGACGCUGGAGGAAAUAUCUUUGCAUCAAGAGAACAUCGAGAAGAUUGAAUUAGUGGACAAAGCAUGUCGGAACUUAAAGAUCCUACUGUUGCAAUACAAUUUGAUAUCGAAGAUUGAAAAUUUAAAGAUGCUUAAGCGACUGGAGUAUCUGAAUUUGGCACUGAAUAAUAUAGAGGUUAUUGAGAAUCUCGAAGGGCUGGAGAGCCUCAAGAAAUUGGAUCUCACCAUUAAUUUUAUUGGAGAUCUACAGGGUGUAAAGAAAUUACGAUACAAUGAAAAUUUGGAGCAGCUCAUACUCACCGGAAAUCCAUGUACGGAUUAUGAAGGCUACAGGGACUACGUGGUGGCGUCGCUUCCGCAAUUGAGGGAAUUGGAUAUGACGCCGAUCGACAGAUCGGAACGUAUUAAGGGUCUGCAGAGAUAUGCAGAGGUGGAAGGUGACGUUAUCAGAGGUUACAGAAGGUACGCCAAGAUAAGAGAAAAGCAAAUACAUCGUCACGAGGAGCGAGAAAAAUUACGAAUAACAGAAAUUAAUGAGGACGGUCUCGAAAAGGAAGAUGAGGAAGUUGAAAAUGAAAAUUUUUGGAAAAGUACAAGUUACCACACACCCGAGGACAGACUCGCCAUAGCCGAACGAACAUUGAAAAUUGAAGAGAAACGUAAAAAAGCUCAAAUCCAAAAAACCGACGAACCCAAAAGGAUCCUAAAGCUUUUUAGUCCCGAUGGGCGAGCCUACAACGUGAAUCAAGCUAAAGUGUCGUUCACGUUAAAUGACGAGGACUGCCGUGAUAACGUCAUUCUCGAAGUGGCAAUCUACAAACACUUGGACACAUCUUAUCUCGAGGUAGACGUGCAGCCUCGAUACGUACGAGUGACCAUAAAGGGAAAAGUGCUACAACUGACCCUCCCUUGUGAGGUCUUGACCCAGAAGAGUUCCGUCAAACGGAAUGUCGUAACGGGACACCUGGUGAUAACUAUGCCUCGCCUGAACCAGCUUGAAACCAUCAGGAAAUCGAGCAGGAUCGAGAAAAAAGUAUUUCCAAAAGUAACGGUAAACGCAACCGGACCAAUUUCGAAACGCGAACUCUUAGAAAUCGGUCCGCCGAGAGAUGAAAUGGAUUUUUCAAAAAUCGUUCGAAAGGAUGGUCAGAAACCAUCGAAACAAAAAUCCCAAGAAAUGACGACCCCCCGAAACUUUGUGGAUAACCCAGAGGUGCCGCCGCUCGAAUGAAGCUUCGAUUGGUUGAAGUCGAUUCAUCCGAUUGUACGUGGACGACUGGGAAUAAUUGUUCCCGGAGAAAGCAGGUCUAACGAUAACGAAGAUGUCGCACUAUUUUUUUUU